AUGGCUAACUCAGAGGAGAAUAAUAGUCAUCCGAAGGAGGAUGACAAUGAUAACGCCCAAAUUAAUAUAAUGGGCGCUGAAUUAACAGCUUUGGUAGACGACGCUGUUAAGAUGGCCUUAGAACGGCACACUCACUUAAAAGCAGCUCAAGAUCGACAAAAAUCGUAUGCGGAUAAACGAAGGAGGCCAAUAGAAUUUCAAGUGGGCGAUAAGGUAAUGUUGAAAGUAUCGCCAUGGAAAGGGAUAAUUCGGUUUAGAAAAAGAGGAAAAUUGAGUCCAAGAUUUAUUGGGCCAUUCGAAAUCAUUGAACGGGUUAGUAAGGUAGCAUACCGUCUCGAGCUGCCUGAGGAGUUGAGUGGGAUACAUAGCACAUUCCACGUGUCACAUCUCCGAAAAUGUUUAGCAGACGAAACUACUCGUAUCCACUACGAUGAUAUUGAGGUGGAUAACAGUCUCAACUACGUGGUAAAGCCUAUUGCAAUUCUAGAUAGUAAAGUGAAGAGUCUGAGAAACAAAAAGAUCAACCAAGUGAAGGUUAAAUGGGAACACAGGAAGGGUGCGGAUACCACAUGGGAAUCCGAAGAAGAAAUGCAACGGCUCUACCCUACGUUAUUUGGUACGUAA